GCUCGGCGAGCUCCCGGCGGGUGUCCGGGAUCUGUGGUGGAGUCGCCUUCGCAUGCAUCGCCAUGAUGGAUCGUGCUAUCUGUAGAAAGAAAACAGAGGCGGAUUUACCGAUGUACAACGUGAUAACCGACUGAAGCAUGGGCAGGAGCCGAUCGGGUCAUAAGCAUAAGAUGCUGGCCCAUACCGUUUCACCCUCAAUGCGAACGAAAUCCCGAAGUGUGGUGAUGGCAAAUGAAGAAAUGAAAGGCUUUCUAUCUGAAGAUAGGAGAUUCUCUUCACAAGUCUGUCUGACUGCAAAGACUUUCAGUAACCCGUGGAGAGGCCUCCCAGGACCAAAUACAUACAACCUGCAAAACACCUUUGUGAACAAAAAUCACUUCAGCAUUAGAGUCUCCAGUGUGUUCAGGUUGCCUGCGGCUGUGCCAAAGCAUACACCUCCAUCCCUGAAUCAAUAUGAUGUAGGUUAUGGAAGAAGAGACAGCUUGUUUUCAGUGGAUGGUACAUCAGCUUUCCUGUCGAAAGCUGGACAUAAGUCUUUUUUCCAGAUCAAAGAUCAGCCAUCGCCAUCGAGCGACCACUUAAUCCAGAAGGCCAUCCUGUCACCCUUCAAGUCAAAAAGUCAGAGAACCCCUCCUCCUGACAACCGUCUACCAGGCCCAGGAGCCUACAGUCCCUAUCAAACACCCGUCCUGGUGAAAAGGAGCGUCCUGCCGGAGGGAUUCUAUUCGGCGAUAGCAGCGCCUGCUAUGAUUGUUGACCCUCCCUCGCCAGGCCAUGGGCAUUACAUCAGGGAUUUUAAUGGCCUGGCCAAGCAUCCCACAUCCACAGCUGUAUUUGCAUCCAGAACUGAAAGGAUAUCACAGCACCUGCCGGCCUACAUGAGGCCAGAUCCAGGUUUCUAUGACACACAGAUUGGGCCAAAGCAGUCCUUCUGCCGCAAUCACUCUACAGGCUGGCUUCCAGUAUAAAGCUUCCGUGGAAAUGUAAAAUGUUUAAAUACACCGACUAUUAAAGAAAUGCUUCCACACAAAGGUAUGUGCCUGCAUGUUUACAUUUUCAGAGGUUUAUGUAUAUGUGAUUUUUUUUUCUGUAGUUGUUUAGAAAAAAAAAACUGGUUAAAGUGAAUGAUUGGAACCAAUUAGUGAAGGCCAAUGAGAUGCAUAACAUAUUUUGCAAGAUGGGAGUGGUGAUAUAAGGGAAUUUAAAUAUUUUGAAAGGCCAUAUGUUCGAUAUCCUGAUGCCUACUCUGUAAAUGACUUAGGAAGUAGGUGCAGUAGGUUGCCGCAGUAACCGGCAGCUGCUGGUCCAGUCACUGGU